AUGAAGCCCGAGUUAUUUGUAAAAAAUGCUAAUGAUGAGCUGAAGCCGUUUGAUACGGAAAAGAUUCGACAUCGACUCGAGGUGCUGUCUCGAGAUUUGGACACAGAGAACGUUGACAUUGACAGGCUGACGAAGUCUGUCGUGGAUGGUGUGUACGACGCCAUCACAACGACGGAAUUGGACCGACUUGUUUCUGAAACGGCGGCCUAUGCUGUGACAAAGCACCCACACUACGGCCUAUUGGGCGGCCGCCUAUGUGUCGCGGCACUGCACAAAAAGACGAAUGAUUCAGUGCUCGAAACAUUCCGUAUCCUCUUCAACUAUAGGAUACCAGGGACGGAGCGUUGGGCACCGCUUGUGUCAGAGGAGACGUGGAAAAUCGUGGUGGAGCACCACACGGAGCUCCAGGACAUGAUCGAUUACAAGAGGGACAUGAACUUUGAUUUUUUCGGCUACCGAACACUGGAACGCUCAUACUUACUGCGCGUGAAAACUGCUGAAGGUGAAAUGAAGAUCAUCGAACGCCCACAGCAUAUGUUUCUUCGUGUUGCCAUCGGUAUUCACGGUGCUGACAUGCAACACGUGAAGGAAACAUACGAUUAUAUGUCUCUUGGCUUCUUUACGCACGCAACACCGACACUGUUCAACGCUGGCACACCAGUACCACAGAUGAGCUCUUGCUUCCUUGUUGCAAUGCGGGAUGACAGCAUUGAGGGCAUCUACGACACCCUAAAGCAGUGCGCCAUAAUCAGCAAAUCGGCUGGUGGUAUCGGCAUCCACGUUCACAACAUCCGCUGUGCCGGGAGUUAUAUUGCGGGAACGAACGGUACAUCCAACGGCCUUGUGCCAAUGCUACGUGUGUGGAAUAAUACGGCACGUUAUGUGGAUCAAGGCGGCGGUAGGCGCAAGGGUGCGAUCGCAAUUUACCUAGAGCCUUGGCAUGGCGACAUCAUGAACUUUCUUCUUCUUAAGAAGAAUACGGGUAAGGAAGAUAUGCGUGCGCGUGAUCUCUUCUACGCGCUGUGGGUUCCUGACCUUUUCAUGGAGCGUGUGGAAAAGCAUGAAAACUGGACGCUUAUGGAUCCACACACAGCGCCUGGGUUGAGCGAUUGCUACGGCAACGAUUUCAAGAAAUUGUACGAGCGGUACGAAAGUGAGGGGCGCGGUGUGAAAACAAUGAAGGCGCAGGAAGUGUGGUUUGCCAUCCUUGAGACGCAGAUGGAGACGGGUGUGCCUUUCCUGGUGUACAAGGACGCAUGUAACAAGAAGUCGAACCAGAAUAACAUUGGUGUGAUCAAGUGUUCAAACCUUUGCACGGAAAUUGUCGAAUACUCGUCUCCGAAAGAGAUCGCAGUGUGCAACCUUGCGUCAAUUGCUCUGCCGCGUUUCCUUAAUAACAAAGUUGAAUUCGAUCACCAGCGCCUGUACGAAGUGACGAAGGUCGUCACGCGGAACCUGAACAAGGUUAUUGACCGCAACCACUACCCGUUGAAGGAGGCCAGGGACAGCAACAUGCUCAACCGCCCCAUUGGGAUUGGCGUGCAGGGAUUGGCGGACCUAUUCGCGCUCAUGCGCCUACCGUUCACGGAUAUCAAGGCAAGGGAGCUCAAUGAAGAUAUCUUCGAGACGAUUUACUACGGCGCGGUGGUGGCCAGCGUGGAACUGGCGGAAGAAGAGGAACGGUAUGCGCGCUUCAAUGGAAGCCCCGCAUCGGAAGGAAAACUGCAGUUUGAUCUGUGGGAUGAAAAACCAAAGAGUGGGCGGUGGAAUUGGGAUGAGCUGAAGAAGCGCGUUGAAACGAGCGGCAUGCGGAACUCUCUGCUGGUAGCACCAAUGCCAACCGCGUCAACCUCGCAGAUUCUUGGCAAUAACGAAUGCUUCGAGCCAUUCACAUCGAACAUCUAUGUUCGUCGCGUGCUGAGCGGUGAGUUCCCUGUUGUUAAUAAGUAUCUCGUGAUGGAUCUCAUAAAGAGAAACCUGUGGAGCGAUGAGAUGCGCAACCAGAUUAUCGCCAAUGACGGCUCGGUGCAGAAGAUCAAGGCGAUCCCGGACGACCUGAAGGAGCUGUACAAAGUGGUGUGGGAAAUCAAGCAGCGAGAUCUUAUUGACAUGGCAGUGGACCGCGGCAAGUACAUUGACCAGAGUCAGAGCCUGAACCUGUUUCUUGAGAGCCCUACCUCUGGCCAGCUGACGUCGAUGCACUUCUACGCGUGGAAAAAAGGCCUCAAGACGGGCGUGUACUACCUACGCAGCAGACCCUCCGUGGACGCGAUCAAGUUCACCGUCGACCCGAAGACCGUAAAGCUGGCCAAAGAGGCCAACGGUACUCCGCCGGUGACCCCAACGGGCCAACCCGGUGAAGACUGCUUCUACUGCGGCUCUUGA